CCAGUCUAUUUAUGACACCAGUCUAUUUAUGACACCAGUCCAGAACAAACUUUAAUCCCAAUUUAUUCCAAAGAAGCAAGUCCUGUACAAAGUAAUGAAAAAUCAUACCAGUUUAAACCAGUAUGGUAGCAGUAUAAAUGGAAAUGAUCCAGAACCAGUUUAAAAGCAGCAUGCAGAUGGAUCUAACCCAGUUUGAAACCAGAGUAAACAGAACCAGUCCAGAACCCUCCAGAAUUCAGUAUGAAACCAGUUUCAAACUGGAUGAGUUGAACCAGUUUAGAUGUCAGUGACCUGAGUCGGGUUCUGGUUUUAAACCCACCCUGGCCAAACCCAGUAAGGGCGGUUUCUGUGGGUCAACCACCAACAGAACCAGCAUGAUAUCCAGUUUAAGACUGGUUUACUGGGACUGUUGAACUAGAAACCAGUGUAGAUCCGCACAGUUCAAAAGCUCCUGUAAGAAAAGCUGCCAUCAACACCCGGACCGGGUCCAUCAGAACUGCCGGUAUCAGCAGGUUUAUCUCUGGACCUGCAGUGUGGAUCUGAUAAGAGGCGGGUUGUUGCACCAGGUGAACCGAGCCGCUCCUCUCUGGGGUGUAAACUCAUCUCUGCUCAGUCAGACGUUCCUUUCCUCUGUGACUUCAGUUUCAUUUCUCCCAACCCAGUUCAGACGCUAUGGGGACUACAGGUCCCACAAUCCUUUGCAAACGCCCCCCAGGACUCCCCGGGUGUUGCUGAUCAGUUUAUUGCUCCUUGGCUUCAGUAAUUGUCUUUGCUGUUGUUUCAGAGACUCUCAACCGAAGACUGUUGGCCUGUUUGGUCCCCACAAAGUUCUCAAAGAUCCAGAGACGGUUCUCCCCCCUGUGUCUCCGCAACGCCCCCUGCAGGCAUGGACAGCUCCCCCAGGAGGUGGGUGCUGAAGCCUCUGUCCCCCCUGCUGCAGCCCUCAGACCUGAGAACCAUCGUUGGGUCUGCUCCUGGCCUGGCGGACCGGGACUCUGGCUCCUGGGAGAACAACGGAACCCAGAACGGCCUAGUCAAAGUCCGGCAUGUCACGGUGCAGGAUGGUGACUCUAGCGGUGAUGAGUGGCAGCCCAGCAGUCCCGGUAGCAGCUCCGGCUCUCAGAGCGGCUUCUACUCCUUUGUGGAGGAUCCCAGGAGUCCGGAGGCGGAGCUGAACGAAGCCUGGAUGGUGUCACCACAGCGCCAGGCUCAACUGGCCGUCCUGAAGAAAGAGAAAGGAUUCAAACUACAGACCUACAGCAUCAACAAGAAGCCAGAGAGUCUGUUCUCAGAGAGCAAUGGAGACCAUCAGUAUAUAGUGGAUCCCAACAAUGGGAUAAAAAUGAUAGAUGAGGAUGAGGAGAAGCAGCUUCGUAAGAUGAUCAUCCACAGCCAGGCCCCUAGGAGGAGCCAACCAGAACCACAGAACCAAGCGGAGGUUCUGGACCCCAUCCUGUCCACAGAUGGACUGAUAGAGGGGUUCAGUUUGAGCUUUAGUCCUGUUCUCUCCAGACCAGAAUCUCCUCAAAUCACUGCGCCAGGGGCCGUGGUGAAGGAACAGAUCAACUUUGGUGCAGCCCGACAGAAGUUUCUACAGAUAGAACAAGACCGACUGUCACAGAUGCUCAGUCCUAUCCGGUCCCCCAGAAUCCCACCGGACUUGACUCCAGAAUUGGAUCCUAAUGUUUAUGUGUCGAGGAAAGUGAAAGUCUACGGUGCCAUGGAGGCAGGCGGUAACACGACUCCAUUUAGACCAGCAGGCGUAGAUGAGAUGGAUCUUCAGAGGAGAGUGACAGUGCUCCGUUCCGAUGGCAGUCUGAGUAGAGAGAGUAGCAUCUUUGAAGACUCUGGCCAUGAGGAACUGUCAGUAGAAGUGGCUGGAGGCUACGCCAGUGAUGACAGCUUGCUUGAUCACUGCAGGAAAUCCAAGGUGUUCCCUGAAACCCCCAUUGAGAGGGAGAUCCGAUUAACUCAAGAACGUGAGGCGGAGCUACGGAAGUCUCGAGGCCUGAAGCACAGCAGUGGUCAAGUGGAGAUGGUCAGAAUCGAAACCAGACGUUCACUGCUGUCCCCGACACCUGACAGAACCUUCGAGAAGAAUCCACUGAGCUUCAUCCUCCACAGAAAAACCCAAAGGGAGGAAGGCCCCCAGCAACCAGAGAUCCAGGAACCAGAUGGCAGAGCUCCUCCUCCACAGCUGGGGUACAAGGAAGAAGAGGCUGACCCACACUCAGGAGAAAAGCCUGAUUCCGAUUCUGGAACAGACGAAGUGUUCCUUUCUCCAUGCUGUCCUCACCGACAUCCUGAUGAGUCCUGGUUCUCCCAGAUGAACCCAACCACCGCCUUAUUCACACCAAAGGACUCUGAGGGCAGAAAACAAACAGUUUCCUCCCCUCCUGCUUCUCUCACACCAACAACCCUGCAUGAAUUAGAGCUCCCUCAGAGCUGGAGGAAGAACCUGGAAUCCACAGGCCUGCAGUUCAGAGGGCAAGGAGCUCCAGACUUCAUUGAGAAGGAGAUUGAAGAAGCUCUGAAAAGAGAACAGGAGCUGAGAGAGCUGAGGGAGUCCAUGAAGGAAACCAACCGACCCAUCUUCUCUCCAGUUCCUCUGGCGGACCAGGCAUCCAGGACGGCCAUGAGGCAGUUCUACCCACCACUUAAAGCAGAGAAACCUGCCAGUCCGUCCUCGUCCUCUCCUCAUCUCAGCGUCCGGCUGCCCUCUGCCUCCCUCGUCACCGCUAAGCCCUGGGCCUCAUCGGCGUCCCCGGCCUCUUCCUCCCCACUGGCGGUCCGGACGGUUCCUCGAGGUUUGACGGAAACGCUGCUGCAGGACUUUGAGGAACACCGAGCCAAGCUGAAGCUGGAAGAGAGCGCUUAUGCAGGAAUCCAGCCGGUUGAUGACAUCAACAAUGAGGUGGUGGAGUCCACUCGAGUCGUUCGUCAUAAAAACCAGAGAGCGCUGCUGUGGGAGGCUGGACAGUUCGCCAACCAGGACAACCAGUGAGACCACCAGGACCAGAUGAAGGACCAGAUUUGGUUCCAGAACCAAGUGUGGACCAAUCCCAAGCAGGGUCAUGGAUCAGCAGCAUCAACUGAUGGACCCUUAUAGACAAGAUGUUCUCACCUGAUCCAAUCAGCUGCUGAGUAAACGUCCAGUGGAGACAACUGGUCGCUUUCAGUCUAAUCUCAGAGAGUGACGCAGGAGUUUGAUUUUGACACUUUUAAUUAGACAAAACUAAACAGGAAGUCAGUAACUGUUCAUGAUUGAAAUUGAUGCAGCAAAAUAAAUGAAACCCUAAAAUUCGUUGAUUGUUGCAGUUCUGCUGUUUGUCUGGAUGGGUUCUGGACUUGAGAACGGACCCACUUUGCAGUCUGUCAGCAUGAACUUCUUCCAUGCUGAGGUCAGAGCCUGCUGUGACAUCACUGACCCAACUCACAGGUGGUGGAGCCAUGUUAAAAACCUGAGGUUUCCCCACCAGACGGGAAGCAACCAUAUUUGGAGACGAUCCCAAGUAACCCCUACUCCUUCCCAACCAGCAGGGUGCGCUCUGAUUGGCCGAUGGAGAACCUGUUCACUGACAGGCAUUCUGCUAAUGCUCCCACAGUAAU